AUGAGGAUUUACCAUUGCCUACCACUAUUCAUCUGGACCUAUGUGUUUCAUACAGUUGAUGCUAUCCCAUUACAAGAAAAAGCUAGCAGUGAUUUACCAAGCAAAAGGAUAGUGGGUCUGACAAAAGAUGAUGGUAAAAUGCUACAUCGCACCAAGCGUGGCUGGAUGUGGAAUCAGUUCUUCUUGUUGGAAGAGUACACAGGUACAGACACACAAUAUGUAGGCAAGCUUCACACUGACCAAGAUAAAGGAGAUGGAAAUUUAAAAUACAUAUUAACAGGAGAUGGGGCUGGCAGUCUAUUCGUUAUAGAUGAAAAUACAGGAGAUAUUCAUGCAGCAAAGAAAUUAGACAGAGAAGAAAAAUCCCUGUACAUUCUUCGUGCCAAGGCUAUAGACAGAAAGACCGGGCGGCAGGUGGAACCUGAAUCUGAAUUUAUUAUUAAAAUCCAUGAUAUCAAUGACAACGAACCAAAAUUCACAAAAGACUUAUACACUGCCAGUGUUCCUGAAAUGUCUGGAGUUGGUACAUCUGUUAUACAAGUGACUGCAACGGAUGCAGAUGACGCCAACUACGGAAACAGUGCCAAAGUGGUCUAUAGCAUAUUGCAAGGACAGCCUUAUUUUUCGGUGGACCCAGAAUCAGGCAUAAUAAAAACCGCAUUACCAGACAUGAGCAGAGAAAAUCGAGAGCAGUAUCAAGUGGUUAUACAAGCCAAAGACAUGGGCGGCCAGAUGGGAGGUCUUUCUGGAACCACCACGGUGAACAUCACUCUGACGGAUGUCAACAACAGCCCUCCUCGAUUUCCCCAGAGUACGUAUCAAUUUAAUUCUCCUGAGUCUGUACCUCUUGGAACCCAUCUUGGAAGGAUAAAAGCCAAUGACCCUGAUGUGGGGGAAAAUGCUGAAAUGGAAUACAGCAUUGCUGAAGGAGACGGAGCUGACAUGUUUGAUGUCAUCACUGACAAGGCUACACAGGAAGGGAUUAUAACUGUCAAACAGAACUUAGACUUUGAAAACAAAAUACUGUACACUUUAAGAGUGGUUGCCAGUAACACUCAUCCUGAUCCACGAUUCCUACACCUGGGACCUUUCAAAGACACAGCCACGGUCAAAAUAUCUGUGGAAGAUAUAGAUGAGCCUCCUGUGUUCAGUAAAAUUUCUUACCUGAUAGAAGUAGAUGAAGAUGUAAAGGAGGGCAGCAUCAUUGGACAGGUUACAGCAUAUGACCCAGAUUCCAUGAACAAUUUAAUAAAAUACUCUGUGGAUCGGCACACUGAUAUGGAGCGGAUUUUCAGUAUCAAUGCAGAAAAUGGCUCAAUUUUCACUUUGAAGCCCCUUGACCGGGAAUCGUCUCCUUGGCACAACAUCACCGUUACAGCCACAGAAAUAAAUAACUCAAAACAAAGUAGCCACAUUCCUGUCUUCAUCAGAAUUCUAGAUAUAAAUGACCAUGCUCCGGAAUUUGCCAUGUACUAUGAAACAUUUGUUUGUGAAAAUGCAAAACCUGGGCAGUUGAUUCAGACUGUCAGUGUCAUGGACAAAGACGACCCUCCCCGAGGACACAAAUUCUUCUUUGAACCAGUGCCAGAGUUUCCUCUCAAUCCGAACUUCACUAUUGUUGAUAAUAAAGGAAUCAUGACUCGGAAAGAUGGGUAUAGCCGCAGCAAAAUGAAUACCUAUCUGCUGCCAAUUUUAAUCUUUGACAAUGAUUAUCCAAUUCAAAGCAGCACUGGCACACUCACUAUUCGUGUGUGUGCCUGCGAUAAUCAAGGAAACAUGCAGUCUUGCAAUGCAGAGGCCUUGGUCCUAUCGGCUGGCCUGAGCACGGGAGCUCUCGUUGCCAUCCUGCUCUGUGUCAUCAUACUACUUGUUUUAGUUGUGCUAUUUGCUGCAUUGAAGAGGCAAAGAAAGAAGGAACCUCUGAUAAUUUCGAAAGACGAUGUCCGAGACAACAUCGUGACUUACAAUGACGAAGGGGGCGGGGAAGAAGAUACUCAAGCUUUUGACAUCGGCACAUUAAGGAAUCCAGAAGCAAGAGAAGACAGUAAACUUAGAAGGGAUGUAAUGCCUGAAACUAUUUUUCAGAUAAGAAGGACUGUGCCUUUGUGGGAAAACAUUGAUGUACAAGAUUUUAUCCAUCGAAGAUUAAAAGAAAAUGACUCAGACCCAAGCGCGCCUCCUUAUGAUUCACUGGCCACAUACGCCUAUGAAGGGAAUGAUUCCAUAGCAGAUUCACUCAGUUCUUUAGAGUCUCUCACAGCAGAUUGCAACCAAGAUUAUGAUUACCUCAGCGACUGGGGGCCUCGUUUUAAAAAACUUGCCGAUAUGUAUGGAGGUGAUGAGAGUGACCGAGAUUGA